AUGGCCACCUGUAGCACCAUGACAGAUGCUAAUACCCUCCAUUGGGGUGUUGAAGAUAGCCAAUUCGAGUUACCAGUCGAGUAUAUCCUGGGCCCGCCUGGUCAAGGCCUCUUCGCCCAGCCCUGCGCCGAAUUCACGACCAUGAGUCCUCCAAAUAGUUCAUCAAGUCCGACCUUUGCGUCAAGACCCGAUGACAGCGAUACCACCAGCGAUGCUUGUUGUAUGUCGAGUCUUGAUCUUACCUACCAAAGCACUCCGGAUUUUGUCGAUGGUAGGUUCGAUCCCAGGGUUCAUACCAAAGGCAUGCCCGUCGUCAACGGCGCAUCAACUGAAAUAUGGACCAAGGAAUGCCUGCCACAUUCUUCUCCGGACGACACAAUGGAGAUUCACGAUAUCGGUGACAUCGCUCAACAGAUGCAAAAGUACAUCGACAAAGAUCUGGUGGAAGCCAAGUUGCGAUCAGCAUCUCACAAGUCAAAGAACUCUCGUACCAACUCCGCAGUCGCUCCAGACGUUGCGAAAGCGCGCAACUGCCACAACAAAGUCGAGAAACAGUACAGAGCCCGCUUGAAGACACGCUUUGCAAGACUGCUCGCCGUGUUGCAGGAAUCGAUGCCGGCGCAAAUUUCAGAUGGGAACACAAUCGGCUCACUUGAUGCCAAUUACGCUUAUAGCAGAGGAGAAGUCCUCGAUCUUGCGAUAGAGCGGAUUUUGACCAUGCAGGAGGAAAACAGAAGGCUCGUUCUUCAAAUCCAAAUGUUGGCUCUGUCAAUGAAGCAGAUAGCAAGGAGACAUUGUGACACCAUUGUGACACAAUAG